UCACACGUAUAUAUACACAUAUUAUUAGCACAACCUUACUAAGGAAUUCUCAUCUUUCUCUCUCUCUCUAAACUCUCAAUAUUUUUUGCGAUCUCAUCUCUUUCCCGAAAACCUCACCCGAAAACCCUAGACCUUUUGAUCGCAAAUACUAUCAAUUUUAAUCCAAUUUUAUCUGAUUUUGAUGAUUUCUGAGUAACUUCUCUAAUUCUUAUAAUCUUUUCCUUUUCUUUUUCUGCUGAUUUUUUCAAUUUGCAUACAUAAUCCACAACACUUGAAUUGAGAUUUUUAUUGAAUUUCAAUUCAAUUUUUGUUAGGGUUUUAGUUUCUGGAUAACUUUGAUUAAUUUUUUGCAAUUUUUGCUGGUAAAUGGUUAGCGUGAAGUUCAAUUCAAUAUGAAGCUUAAAAGAAGGAGGGCUUCUGAAGUGCCUCCGAAGAUCAGAUUGUUCAUUAACAGUGUUACAUCUACUCCCCUUGAGAAUAUUCAGGAGCCCCUGAAAGGUUUUGUAUGGGACUUUGAUAAGGGGGAUUUCCACCACUGGGUGGAUCUUUUUAAUCAUUUUGACUCAUAUUUUGAGAAGCACAUAAAACCUAGGAAAGAUUUAUGCUUUGAGGAUGAUUUUUUGGAGUGUGAUCCUCCAUUCCCUAGAGAAGCUGUUCUUCAGAUACUCCGGGUUAUGAGGAUCAUUUUGGAGAAUUGCACUAAUAAACAUUUUCUUAGUUGUUAUGAGCAGCAUCUAUCAUCUUUGAUGGCUUCUGCUGAUGCUGAUGUUGUUGAAGCUAGCCUGCAGACUCUAGCAACUUUUUUAAAAAAGACAGUAGGAAAGUAUUCAAUUAGAGAUGCUUCUCUAAGUUCUAGGUUGCUUUCUUUUGCACAAGGAUGGGGUUGCAAGGAAGAAGGACUUGGGCUAACUGCAUGUACGUUGGAAAAUGGAUGUGAUACUGUUGCAUAUGAGUUAGGGCGUACCCUUCAUUUUGAAUUCUAUAGAGUGGCUGAAUCAUCUACAGAGUAUGAAGCUACAGGAGGGCUUCAAAUUAUUCAUGUACCUGAUGUUAUUAGCCGCAAAGAAAGUGAUCUUGAGCUUUUGAACAUGUUAGUUAAAGAAUAUGGAGUUCCUUUAAACUUAAGAUUUUCUUUAUUCACCAGACUGCGGUUUGCGAGGGCCUUUGGGUCUCUGGCAUCACGGCAGCAAUAUACAUGCAUUCGAUUGUAUGCUUUUGUGGUUCUCAUUCAAGCAAGCAGUGAUGCUGAUGAUUUGACGUCCUUUUUCAACACUGAACCUGAAUUCACCAACGAGUUGGUCUCAUUAUUAAGUUAUGAGGAUUUGAUUCCGGAGAAAAUCCGAACAUUGAGUCUGCGUUCUUUAGUUGCUCUUUCUCAAGAUAGGACCCGCCAGCCUACUGUUCUUGCUGCUGUGACCUCUGGCGGACAGCGUGGAAUCCUUUCCAGCCUCAUGCAAAAGGCAAUUGACUCUGUCUCCAAUGGCUCUUCAAAGUGGUCUGUUGUUUUUGCUGAGGCUCUCUUGUCACUUGUCACUAUCUUAGUCUCCUCGUCAUCUGGUUGUUCUGCAAUGCGUGAAGCUGGAUUUAUACCAACUCUUCUGCCCCUUCUUAAGGAUACAGAUCCUCAACACCUGCAUUUAGUUGGUACUGCUGUACAUGUUCUUGAGGCUUUCAUGGAUUAUAGUAAUCCAGCUGUAGCGUUGUUUAGAGACUUGGGGGGCUUAGAUGAAACUAUUAAUCGCCUAAAGGUAGAGGUAUCUGUGAUAGAAAAUGGUUUACAGCAAUCAUGUGGAAAUUCUGAUAGUAGCAGGACGAGCACUGAGGUUAUAGUGGGUACUUCAGCUGUUCUAGAUGACAUUCAACCCCUUUACUCAGAGUCUUUGCUCGCUCAUCAUAGACGUCUGCUAAUGAAAGCUCUGCUUCGUGCUAUUAAUCUUGGAACCUAUGCUCCUGGGAGUACUGAUCGUAUCUAUGGUUCCGAGGAAAGCCUGUUACCCCAAUGCUUAUGCAUUAUUUUUCGAAAAGCAAAAGAUUUUGGUGGUGGGGUGUUCUCACUUGCUGCCACUGUUAUGAGUGAUCUGAUUCAUAAGGAUCCUACCUGUUUUUCUGUUUUAGAUGCUGCUGGCCUACCAUCUGCCUUCAUGGAUGCUAUAAUGGAUGGUGUAGUUUGCUCUGCAGAUGCCAUAACAUGUAUACCUCAGUGCCUUGAUGCCUUAUGCCUAAACAACAAUGGUCUUCAGGCAGUUAAAGAUCGCAAUGCUUUGAGUUGUUUUGUUAAAAUAUUUACUUCAAAGGCAUAUUUACGUGCUCUAGCUGGGGAUGCUCCAGGGGCCUUGUCCAGCGGACUGGAUGAACUUAUGCGCCAUGCUGCCACAUUGCGUGAGCCUGGGGUUGAUAUACUGAUUGAGAUAUUGAAUACAAUCUUAAAACUUGGAUCUGCAGAUGAUUCUUCACCCUCAGUUGAUUCUUUACCCUGCCCAGCUCCUGUUCCAAUGGGUACAGAUUCAGAUGUUAGGAGCUUGUCUUCACCUGAUGAGAGGGAAUCACAGAAGACAGGAAGUACUGAUCUAAUUGAUCUGUCAUCUGAUGCUACUGUUGUCAGUUUGGAGUCAUAUCUUCCAGAUUGUGUUAGUAAUGCUUGUCGUCUUCUUGAGACCAUUCUUCAGAAUUCUGAUGCAUGUCGCCUAUUCUUUGAUAAGAAAGGAGUUGAAGCUGUUCUGCAGAUGUUUACGUUGCCAUUGUUGCCUGUUUCAGUUUCAGUUGGUCAGAGUGUUUCCACUGCUUUUAAAAACUUUUCAGCACAGCAUUCUGCCUCUCUAGCAAAGGCUGUGUGUGCAUUUCUGAAGGAGCAUUUGAAUACAACAAUUGAAGUGAUAGACUCAAUCGAGGGAACUCCUAUUGCUUCUCUGGAAUCUGCAAAACAGACCAAAGUCACGAGAUGUCUUUCUAGUUUGGAAGGCCUUUUAUCCCUUUCCAAUUCCUUGUUAAAAGGGACUACAACACUUGUCUCAGAGCUGGGAGCUGGUGAUGCUGAUGUGCUGAAAGAUAUCGGUAGGGUGUAUAGGGAAGUGCUCUGGCAAAUCUCUUUAUCAUGCGAUACAAAGGCAGAACAGAAACAAAAUGUUGAAGUAGAAACUGAAAAUGCGGAAGCAGCUUCGUCCACUGCAGCUGGGAGAGAAAGUGAUGAAGAUGCUGGCAUUCCAGUGGUCAGAUAUAUGAAUCCUGUUAGUAUCCGGAGUGGUUCUCAAUCUCAGUGGGCUGGAGAGCGUGAUUUUUUGUCGGUCAUUCGCUCUGGCGAGGGAUUAAGUCGUCGUAAUCGACAUAGUUUGACACGUAUAAGAGGUGGGAGGACUGACAGGCAUUUAGAUUCUUUUAACAUGGAUUCAGACGUUUCAGCAAAUGUGCAGGAGCCAUCUUCCUCACUGGAACACAAAAAGAAAAGCCCUGAUGUUCUUGCAUCUGAUAUCCUCUCUAAGCUCUCUGCUACCAUGCGUUCAUUCUACACUGCACUCAUAAAGGGUAUCAGUUCACCAAAUCGACGUAGAGCUGACUCAGGAGUGGUGAGUUCUGUUGCAAAGAACGUUGGAACUGUUCUUGCCAAAAUAUUUCUGGAGGCCCUUAGUUUCUCUGGGUAUUCUAGUCCGACAGGACUUGAAAUGUCAUUGUCAGUUAAAUGUCGUUAUCUUGGAAAAGUUGUACAUGAUAUGGCAGCUCUCACAUUUGACAGCAGGCGUCGUAUAUGUCACACAGCAAUGGUGAAUAAUUUCUAUGUCAAUGGUUCCUUCAAGGAACUCAUGACAACUUUUGAAGCCACCAGUCAAUUGUUAUGGUCACUACCGCACUCAAUUCCAAUAUCUGGUGUAGACCCAGGUAAGGUAGGUGAAGGAAGCAAAUUGGAUCAUAACUCUUGGUUGCUUGAUACAUUGCAGUGUUAUUGUCGUCUGCUAGAGUACUUUGUGAAUUCUUCCCUACUUCUCUCUCCAACCUCUCCAUCCCAGGCUCAGCUGCUUGUUCAGCCAGUUGCUGUUGGUCUGUCAAUCGGGUUGUUUCCUGUUCCAAGAGAUCCAGAAGUGUUUGUCCGCAUGCUCCAAUCUCAGGUUCUUGAUGUGAUACUUCCGGUGUGGAACCACCCCAUGUUUCCUCAUUGUAGUGCUUCUUUUAUUACUUCUGUUCUUUCACUUGUUACACACAUAUAUUCUGGAGUUGGGGACCUAAAACGGAAUCGCAGUGGUGUUACAGGGAGUUCUAAUCAGCGUGUAGCUCCACCACCUGAUGAAGCUACUAUAUCUACCAUUGUUGAGAUGGGGUUUUCAAGGGCAAGAGCAGAAGAAGCUCUGAGAAGAGUGGAGAGUAAUAGCGUGGAGAUGGCAAUGGAUUGGUUGUGCACUCAUGCUGAAGAUCCUGUGCACGAGGAGGAUGAACUGGCACAGGCUCUUGCAUUGUCAUUAGGGAGUUCAGCAGAAACAUCUAAGUCUGAUAAUAAUGAUAAGUCAGUUGAUGUUCAGGCUGAAGAGGGACAAAUGAAGGUCCCUCCUGUUGAUGAUAUACUUGGAGCUGCAAUGAAGUUGUUUCAGAGUGGAGAUUCUUUGGCUUUUCCCUUGACUGAUUUGCUUGCAACCCUUUGCAAUCGAAACAAGGGUGAAGAUCGUCUUAAAGUUGCAUCUUAUCUAAUUCAGCAGCUGAAACUUUGUUCUUCUGAUUUGUCAAAGGAUGCUAGUGCCGUGUCGUCUAUAUCACAUAUUUUGGCAUUGCUUCUCUCUGAAGAUGCAGAUGCUAGAGAAAUUGCUGCUCAAAAUGGUAUCGUCUCAGUUGCUAUUGAUAUCUUGAAGAAUUCAAGAAGUAAUCAGCUCGGGAAGGAUGUUUUGAGCACUAAAAGCACUAGUGCUUUGCUGCUUAUAUUGGAUAACUUGUUACAAUCCAGGCCCAAAUUUUCCUCUGCAAAUGCAGGGAUAGCUUCAACUGAUCCACUACCUGAUUCAUCUGAAGAGCAUGCUUCUGUGGAAGCUUCAGUUCCUGAGAAUGAGGGAAAGUUAAAAUCAGGUGCUUGCGAGGAGGAGUCUGUCUUUGCUUUUGAGAAAAUAUUUGGAAAAUCAACCGGUCACCUUUCCAUGAAUGAGUGUCAUUCUGUACUUGAGAUUGCAUGUGAUAUGCUAAAACAACAGGUUCCGGCGGUAAUUAUGCAGGCGGUGUUACAACUAUGUGCUCGGUUGACCAAAACGCAUGCAUUAGCCUUGCAAUUUCUUGAAAAUGGAGGCAUGGCUGCUCUGUUUGAUUUGCCAAGAAGUUGUUUCUUUGCUGGUUAUGAUACUCUGGCUUCUGCAAUUGUCAGGCAUUUGCUUGAAGACCCUCAAACUCUGCAAACUGCCAUGGAAUUAGAAAUUCGGCAAACAUUGAGUGGAGGUCGUCAUGCUGGACGUAUUCCUACUCGCAUAUUUUUGACAUCGAUGGCACCUGUCAUCUCUAGAGAUCCUGUAAUAUUCACAAAGGCUGCUACAGCAGUUUGUCAGUUGGAGUCAUCUGCUGGGAGGACUGUUGUUGUUUUGUCAAAGGAAAAAGAGAAGGAAAAGGAGAGGUCUAAAGUCACUGGUGCUACUGAGGGUGCAUUGUCUUCCAAUGAGCCUAUUCGUAUUUCUGAAACGAAGGUUCAGGAUGGGCCAGGAAAAGGUUCAAAAGGUCAUAAAAAGAUUCCUGUAAAUCUUGCUCAAGUAAUAGACCAGCUUCUUGAAAUAAUCUUGCAAUUCCCUUGUUCAAACAUCCAGGAAGAUUGUACAAGCUACCAAGCAGCUAUGGAGGUAGAUGAACCUGGUACAAGUAUGAAAGGUAAAUCAAAGAUUGAUGAAGCAACUAAGGGAGAUUCAGUUGUCCUACCUGAAAGUUCAGCAGCUCUUGCUAAGGUUAUAUUUGUCUUGAAAUUGUUGAGCGAUAUUCUUUUGAUGUAUGUUCAUGCAAUUAGUGUUGUAUUAAAACGGGAUUCAGAGAUUUGUCAGUUGCGGGUUUCUUCUCAGCUUGAUUCUCCUGGGCAGGGUGGCAUUGUUCACCAUGUGUUACAUAAACUUCUUCCUCUGUCUUCUGAUAAAUCUAGUAAGCCUGGUGAUUUGAGGGCAAAAUUAUCUGAAAAGGCUUCAUGGUUUUUGGUAGUUUUAUGUGGACGUUCAAGUGAAGGGCGCAGACGUGUCAUCAGUGAGCUUGUGAAGGCCUUAUCAUUGUAUACUAAUUUGGACAGCAACUCUCUUCAAAGCAGUUUGCUACCAGAUAGAAAGGUUUUAGCAUUUGUGGAAUUGGCAUAUUCUGUCUUGUCAAAGAAUGCUUCCUCAAGUAGCUUAUCUGUCUCUGGCUAUUCACCAGACAUAGCACGAGGCUUGAUUGAUGGAGGAAUUGUGCCAUGUUUGUCCAGCAUUCUUCAAGCUAUUGAUUUGGACCAUCCAGAUGCUUCUAAAAUUGCAAAUCUCAUUCUUAAGGCUUUGGAAAGCUUAACUCGGGCUGCUAAUGCAAGUGAGCAAUCAUAUAAAUCUGAUGUCCAGAACAAAAAGAAGUCUAAUGGUUCACAAGGAAGAUCUGAUGAUCAGACAACAAAUGCAGUAGUCAAUGAUAAUACACAGCACAAUGACAACCGAAUCAGUGAGCAGGAAGCAGGGAAUGCACAGGUUGAUGGAGCCAACCCUCAUGAAGGUGCUGGAUUCACAGAAAGUACUCAUGGUACUGAUGUGGUUAGAUCAGAUAAUCAAGAUGUGAGGGCUGAAGGAGAAGGAAUGCAAGUUACAAAUGCAACUGUGGAGCUUGCUAUGGAGUUUCCAGGUGAUGAGAUGGAAGAAGGUGAUCUAAUUCAUAACAGCAAUCGGAUUGGUAUGGAAUUCCAUGUUGAACAUCGAGCUGAUGAGGGUGUUGGUGAUGAAGAUGAUGACAUGGGGGGUGAAGGCGAGGAGGAGGAGGAUGAAGAAGAUGAUGAUGGUGAGGACGAAGAUGAGGAUAUUGCUGAAGAUGGUACUGCUCUGAUGUCUCUUGCAGAUACUGAUGUUGAUGAUCAUGAAGAUGCAGGAUUUGGAGAUGAUUACAAUGAUGAGAUGAUUGAUGAUGAGGAGGAUGAUUAUCAUGAGAACCGAGUUAUAGAGGUAAGGUGGAGAGAGGCCUUGGGUGGAUUUCAUCAUCUCCAGGUUGCCCAAUCUGGAAGUGGCCUCAUAGAUGUUCCUUCAGAGCCCUUUGAAGGGGUGAAUGUGGAUGACCUAUUUGGGCUUCGAAGAACCUUAGGUUUUGAUAGACGCCGACAGACUAGUAGAUCCUUUGAUCGAAAUAAUACAGAUGGUGGUCUCCAGCAUCCUCUGCUCUCGAGGCCACCUCAAUCAGGUGAUGCUUCAUUGUGGUCAUCAGCUGGCAACGUAUCUAGGGAUUCAGAAUCCUUGUCAGGAGCGGGUGUUGAUGUAUCUCAAUUUUACAUGUUUGAUACUCCUCCUUUCCUAUAUGAUUUUGGACCAGGUAGUGUAAUUGGUGACCGUUCAGGUGGAACAGCACCACCACCAUUGACUGAUUACUCAGUUGGUAUGGACUCAUCGCAGUUAGUUGGGCGAAGAGGACCUGGUGAUGGUCGAUGGGCUGAUGAUGGUCAGCCACAAGCAGGGAAUCAAGCAUCUGCCAUUGCACAGGCCGUAGAAGAAGUUUUUGUUUCUGUUUUACAUGGUGCAUCUACGACUGAGACUCCAGUUGGAAUACAGUCUCAGAAUACGAGUCAACCAGAACAACAGUUGGAUGCUGGACAAAACUGUGAUAGUAAUUUGGAAAUGGAGGGAAAUCCCUCGCGUGAUGUCCAUGGGCACAGUGAGGUGCUGCUAGAAAAUGGUGAAACUGAACCUCAGCAAGUAAUUUCACUAGACAUUGUUUCUAAUCAAGAUAGUAUCAAUGCACAGGCUGUGACAGAGGUAGCAGCAGUCCAUGAAAGUGAACCCUUGUCAAGUAAUAUAGCACAUCAUAGCAUGGAAUCUGAAGAUGGCAACGACCCUUCUGACGACUUGAUGAGAAUAGAACAAGAGCCUUUGCCAUCAGCAGACCCUGUAAGUGAUCUGCAGCAUGGAGCAGAUAUUGGUGACCUAGAUAAUCUACGUGAUGAUCAAAUGGAGGUUCGUGUGGCUGAUGUAUCUUCAGGAACUGAUAGCCAGCUUAAUAAUGAUGUGAAUAAUCCCGAUCUUGCGAUGUUAAAUCAAUCUGAACAUCCUUCUGUCUGUGCUAACCCUGAUAUUGAGAUGGCUGGGACAAAUGAGGAGCCUGUUCAAAUCAAUCAACUCCUGCCUGCUGAGAGUAAUGAGCCAGUAGCUGAUCAGAAUGCUCCUGUUAAUGGAAAUUCAAUGGAAUCUGAACAUGUUGAAGCUAAUGCUGAGCCCUCUGGGCCCAACGUAAUUGAUCCAACCUUCUUGGAAGCACUUCCUGAAGACUUGCGAGCUGAAGUAUUAGCUUCUCAGCAAUCACAGCCAACUCAACCGCCUACAUAUACUCCACCUUCAAUGGAAGACAUUGAUCCCGAGUUUCUUGCUGCACUGCCUCCCGAGAUUCAAGCUGAAGUUUUGGCCCAGCAACGAGUACAGAGGCUGGCUCAGCAGAGUGAAGGACAACCAGUUGACAUGGAUAAUGCUUCUAUAAUAGCUACUCUUCCAGCAGAUUUGCGCGAGGAGGUGUUGUUGACAUCAUCUGAAGCAGUUUUAUCAGCUUUGCCUUCUCCAUUACUCGCUGAAGCUCAAAUGCUUAGGGAUAGAGCAAUGAGUCAUUAUCAGGCUCGCAGCCUUUUUGGAAGCAGCCAUAGACUACCUAAUCGCAGGAAUGGUUUGGGCUUUGAUCGACAGUCUGUCAUGGACCGUGGUGUUGGAGUAACCAUUGGACGCAGAACAGGUGCUGCCCUUUCAGAUGUCUUGAAAGUGAAAGAAGUUGAAGGUGAGCCGCUUCUGGAUGGAAAUGCGCUGAAGGCAUUGAUAAGGCUCUUACGCUUGGCACAGCCUCUUGGUAAAGGCCUUUUGCAGAGGCUUUUGUUAAACCUGUGUGCUCAUAGUGUCACUAGAGCAACCUUAAUUUAUCUAUUGCUCGAGAUGAUCAAGCCUGAGGCUGAAGGUGUAGCUGGAAAUAUUUCAAUGAUCAAUCCCCAGAGGCUCUAUGGUUGCUCCCCAAAUAUGGUCCAUGGUCAAUCUCAGUUGUUAGAGGGUCUUCCACCCUUGGUUUUGCGUCGUGUUCUUGAGAUAUUGAAUUAUUUGGCUACCAAUCAUUCUUCUGUUGCGAAUACAUUGUUCUACUUUGAGCCAUCGCUUUUGCCUGAUUCCUCCCAGAAGAUUGCAGAAGCCAAAAAGGGAAAGGGAAAAGAAAAAGUAGGGGAACCUGGAGCGUCUUCUAACUCUGUUCAGGAAUAUGAGGAAGGGUGUACUCCUUUAAUAUUGUUGCUGAAGCUUUUGAAUCGUCCCCUUUUCCGGCGUAGCAUUGCUCAUGUUGAGCAGGUUAUGGGUCUGCUUCAAGUUGUGGUCUAUACUGCAGCUUCAAGAUUAGAGAGCCUGACUCCCCCUGAGCAGGUCAUGGGUGCUUCUCAGAAUUUGACUGAUAAAGCUUCUGAUGAGGUAGAAAAAGAUGUUACCGUGGUGGAAACAGAGACUAGCCAACAGAAUGAAGUUGAAAAUGGGGAAACCUCUAUAUCUGAUAAGAAGACAGGAGGUCAUAACGUCUAUGAUAUCUUCACGCAGCUGCCAAGAUCUGAUUUGCGUAAUCUUUCCCGUCUUCUUGGCUAUGAGGGGCUCUCAGACAAAGUGUACAUGCUUGCUGGUGAGGUGCUAAAGAAGUUGGCUUCUGUGAUUGCCUCUCAUCGUAAAUUUUUUACGCAAGAGCUUUCAGAUCUUGCUCAGGAUUUGAGCAGUGCUGCUGUGUCUGAGCUCAAUACUCUGAAGAAUACGCGGAUGAUGGGUCUUGGUGCUGGUUCUGUGGCUGGUGCUGCCAUGCUUCGAGUACUGCAAGCACUUAGCUCAUUAAUAUCGCAAAGUGUUGAUGGCUCUAGUUGUCUAGGGAACUGUGAGGAAGAAGAGCAAGCCAUACUGCUGAAGUUGAAUUCUGCUCUGGAACCGUUGUGGCAGGAGCUUAGCAACUGUAUUAGCACAACUGAGUUAGAGCUAGGACAAAGCACUUUACCACCAAUUGUGGCUUCUAUGAAUUCCGAGGAUGGUGUUGGAUCCACUCUCUCAUCCCCUCCCCUUCCUCCUGGGACACAAAGGCUCUUGCCUUUCAUCGAGUCUUUCUUUGUUCUGUGUGAAAAGUUGCAGUCAAGCAGUUCCUUUGUUCAGCAGGAUCAAAACAAUGUCACUGCUCAAGAAGUAAAAGAAUCAGCUGACGCUUCUUCCUCAACACUGUCGAAGUGUGGUGCUGAUUCUCAGAGAAGAUUUGACAGCGCAGUCAUAUUUUCAAGGUUUGCUGACAAGCAUCGGCGACUCUUGAAUGCAUUUAUCAGGCAAAAUCCAGGGUUGUUGGAAAAGUCACUCUCUAUGAUGCUGAAAGCUCCUCGUCUCAUUGAUUUUGAUAACAAGAGGGCAUACUUUCGUUCUAGAAUUAGACAUCAGCAUGAGCAACACCUUGCUGGGCCACUCAGAAUCAGUGUUCGUCGGGCAUAUGUUCUUGAAGACUCAUAUAAUCAGCUGCGAAUGAGGUCAAAUCAGGAUCUGAAGGGGCGUUUGAACGUGCAGUUUCAAGGUGAAGAGGGAAUUGAUGCUGGUGGUCUCACACGAGAGUGGUACCAGUUGUUGUCAAGGGUUAUCUUUGAUAAGGGGGCGCUACUUUUCACCACAGUUGGGAAUAAUGCAACCUUCCAGCCGAAUCCUAAUUCUGUCUACCAGACUGAACAUCUAUCUUACUUCAAAUUUGUUGGUCGUGUGGUUGCCAAGGCCUUAUUCGACGGGCAACUUUUAGAUGUGUAUUUCACCCGUUCCUUCUACAAGCAUAUUUUGGGCGUGAAGGUGACCUAUCAUGAUAUUGAGGCAGUUGAUCCAGAUUACUAUAAAAAUUUGAAGUGGUUGCUGGAGAAUGAUGUAAAUGAUAUUCUAGACCUUACUUUUAGCAUGGACGCAGAUGAGGAGAAACUUAUUCUGUAUGAGAAAACACAGGUCACUGAUUAUGAGCUUAAACCCGGAGGCAGAAAUAUAAGGGUUACAGAGGAAACAAAGCACGAGUAUGUUGAUCUUGUUGCUGACCAUAUUUUGACAAAUGCUAUCCGUCCCCAAAUUAAUUCGUUCCUUGAAGGUUUUAAUGAAUUGGUGCCUCGGGAGUUGAUUUCUAUUUUCAAUGAUAAAGAGCUUGAACUCCUUAUAAGUGGACUUCCAGAAAUUGACUUGGAUGAUUUGAAGGUCAACACAGAGUAUACUGGCUACACAGUUGCUUCCAAUGUCAUUCAGUGGUUCUGGGAGGUUGCGAGUAGUUUCAGCAAGGAAGACAUGGCGAGGCUCCUACAAUUCGUUACUGGAACGUCAAAGGUACCGUUGGAGGGUUUCAAAGCAUUGCAAGGUAUCUCUGGCCCUCAAAAAUUCCAGAUACACAAAGCAUAUGGAGCUCCGGAGCGGCUUCCAUCUGCCCAUACAUGUUUCAAUCAAUUGGACCUUCCUGAAUAUUCUACGAAGGAGCAGCUUCGAGAAAGAUUGCUGCUUGCUAUUCAUGAAGCUAGUGAAGGCUUUGGCUUUGGCUGAUCCUGUUUAUCGCAUCAUAUAGCCUGAAAGAAGCGCCUUCAAGUUCCCAUCUAAUAUUUUUGUACAUAUUUACCAGUAAAGUUCUUGAAAGCAGAGGCUCGUAAUCUGAAAGGCUGAAUGGUUGAUGAUGGUUGGCGUUGGAAGUUAACUUUGGCUUUAUCAGCUGACGUAUGUCUGGAGUUGUAGCCUUGCCACGCUGUGGGGUGAAACUUCACCUUUUUGUCCUUGGGUACUUUGAAAUUGGAAGGGCAUAAUUCAGGGAUAUGUAUAAGAACUUCGCUUCAGCUCAAAAGCUGACGCCUUUCUGGAGUUGUAGCCUUGCUGAGCUGUGGGAUUAAUCAUCACCUUUUUGUCCUCAGAUACUUGGAGCUUGGAAGGCCAUGAAUAUACAUAACUAGCUUUUUGAUUUUUUUUUUUUUUUUCUUUUUUCGGAUAGAUGUUCAUAUUUUUAAAGGGGUUAAUUUUGUCUAUAGUAGGCAAUUAGGCAGAUUUUUUUUUACCCCGCCAGUAAUAUUGUUUAGAAAAUAGUGUAUAUGGCCAAUUGGCUAUUGGGUUUCAAAUAAAUUUCUCUGGGCUGUAGAAUUAAUUGGCUCUUGACGAAUAUAUAUAAAUUAUGCAUAUAUAAUUUGCAGUUCAUUUGAA